UGAUUACUUACGUCAACAACGCGGUCCACCAUCACAGCUUUCACCAUCGCCGCGACAUCCAUACAAGCCUGUUACCUCUCAUCUUAUGGAUCUUAUUUGCUUCAAUUAGCUCAGCACUUUUCAAUUACAAAAAUUGCAUGCCAUGCGAGUUUAGAGGCGAAGGCGGUGGGGAGCAUUUGCUUGUGCUUGUUUUGCUCUUAUCGACUCAUUUAAUAUGGAGCAGCCAUCAGGAACCAGGGGUCGUACAUCAUGGCACGAACGCUCUUCGUCCAAGCGCCGGCAAUCAGCUAGGGAAAGCCUGCAGCCAUGGACACCCACUCGUUGCCAUCGCCUGCUCCGCCCCCUGAAGACACACAUUUCCGCCCUGAGGCGCGAGGUCGACCUGGAGGACUCGGAGAGGCUGAGUGAUGGGGCCGCCCAGGACGGUACCGCUGAGGCAAACCGUUCAGGUCUCCAGCAUACCUACUCGCGGAGAGGACGGAAAGCACGCGGGCGUCCAAGCACUUCGGGGGUUCCAAAACAUUCGUCUGCGUGCACCCCGAAGAAGAGGCAGAAGAGGAACGUCCCACAGCCAGGGGAGAUUUUCCUACCAACACCCGUCAUCCGGAGAGCCCGAGGCCAACUGCUCUCUUCGCCGGUACAGCAAGCACCACACGCUGAGGCGGAAGGGGUCGUCCCGGGGAAGAAGAGGUUCGCGGAUUUCCGUGGACAACGGACGCCAUCCGUCCUCGCAGCUCUGGAGAGCGAGAUGCAGCCGCUCCGCAACCGCAUCUCGGCAACGCGUUACUCGCUCUAUGACUCCAUACUCCGGGCGGUCCAUUCGAUCCUCACAGCAACUGCGGCCCCUUCUCCAGACUCCCCGGGGGGCAGGUCUCUCGUGGCAAUGUGCCUUCGUGUGGUGCCCGAGUAUAUCGGCGAGCUCGAGUACUGGGAGGAACGUGACGCGGAGCAGCUGGGGACCAAAUCAACAUUGCAGAACUCGGAAGUAUCCAAUGAGAUCUAUGGCGAGGUCGAGUCCAUGUUGCCGUCCAGCGCCACAGCGGGCCAUCUCAGAAUUGUUGUCCGUGCCCAUGCGAUAAAAGUCAUCAAAGACUCGAUCGCCGAGGGCCUGUUAGACGAUAACUUCACGAUAUUGCUCAUCAGGCUUUGCUGCAAGACAAGGUCUUUCAGGGAGGGCGAGGAGCUGCUGCAGGAGCUGCUUGGCUGUUCCUACCCGAAGCCCAGGGGCGUUGACAGCACCUUUGUUGAGAGCCGGAAGCUCGCACCACUGAAAGCACUCAGAGACUUCGCGAAGGAGUCGGGCAGACCACAGUUUAUGCAAAGACAGCUUUGCACGUUACUGAAGCAGCAGCAGUUACCUCUACUCUGGCUGUCCACAAAGGAAUUCGGUACGAUUUGGUCCGGCAUGGUUAAAGCCCUAUCCAGAGACGAUAUCUGUGACGACACUAUAUCAUUGACGGUCCAGAUGAUCACAUCACUCUCGACACAGACCAAGCUUGAGGCUGCGUCUCUCAGAACCCACAGUAGAGAUCUCAAGAACUUAUCACACCAGACUUUAGUUAGUGCUAUCACAGCAGUCUCUACUUUGUCCAUCCUGGGCCAGGAAGCCUUAGAAUCGCCCGCAUGCCACAUCAGCCAGACAAGCACGACAUCAGCAUCACGAAAAGUCGGAUUUAUCAUUCAGAGAUGUAUAUACGAGCUAAGGAGAACCAGGAAAUCAAGCUGGCCAGCCACAGUCUUGAUCCUGGCUGCAUUUUUCACAAACACAUUACCAGCCAGCCACAAGGAUAGCAUUGUAUCAGGAGUUUUGGGCCGGAUUAUGAGCGGCCAAGAAAGCAUGGAGGGUAGACAGCACUAUGAAGCAGUCACAUCCCUCAUCGGAGCUAUUGCACAGUACUGUGGUCGAGGAUCAGCACAGCCGUCGCACUACUACGUCAACAAGCUUUGCGAUCAGCUCGAGCAAGAGUUGUCUACCAUCGGAUCCCCGAGGACCCUCCGCAUGGACUGCGCGUUCAUCCUGGCAGAGCGGACGAAUGACCUCCGCGACCUCGCUUUCGCCGAGUCGCUUGAUGCAGCCAGGACCAAGGAGCAGGUCGUCCCUACGCCGCGGAGGAAGCCCGUCUCCUCGUCAGCCUACCGCUGGGAUGAGGACAUAUGUGAGUGGGUCACGGUGACUCCCGCGCCAGCACGGCGGCACCGACGAAGCUUACCGUCCGGUCUGUCGCCCCCUCCGGAACAGGAACCUGAUUCCGGUGGGUGGCAGGAAGAAGCAGACGACUCGGAGAAACACGUUCAGCCGAAACAGAGGCAGAAACUUGCUCGUGCUGCAGCAAUAACGACCACAAACCCAGACUCCAGUGACAGCAUAACUUCCCAGCGGCUCCACAGCAGACGAUCAUCAGGGAAGCGGAGCUGGGAAUCCCAUCAAUCGGUCGAUCUCCCGGGUCAUGAUGAUGAUGGUGUUUUCGAAGGCCUAGGCGCCCAGGGGAACAGCAACGAUGAGAAUGGUGUGUUUGCUCGCCAGGAUGGCACCAAGAAGCGUCGCACCACGGCACUGAAACCAUCUCGGGCCAUUUUGAAAACGAUUACCAAUAUUUCUCGCGACGGCGAGUGCAGCGAGGAUGAGCUCGGCCUCUGAAAAGCAACCCGGCAUUGAUUGUUAAUAGCAAACAGGAGGAGGGGCCCUUUGUCUAGGUAGGGGCUUCCAUCUGCAGGCAUUGUGACAUGUCAAGAGUUUCCAAGCAGUGUGGUAGUGGGAUACAACAUGUUGGGAAUCAAAUAUGAGAAGAAGAAAAAUGCAUUAACGUGCCGCGUGCUGUGUGCGUGGCCCGCUGUCGCAGAGCCAAGCUUGUGAGGCUGUCUGAUGUAUCAAGAUUGUGGAGCCCCGGGAGGUGUGGGCGGCGCGCAGAGCCGCGUGUGCAACCACAGUCUCUGGCAAGGCUUGUCACGCGGGGUUUCG